AUCUCUCCCUCCCUCCCUCUGUUGCCUUUUGUUGCGGCCCCUCACUUUCUCAACACUUGGACAGAGGGAACUGAUACUAUGCCUGUGUGUGUGUGUGUGUAGUUUGGGUGUCCUCCUCACCACUCGCGAUCUCUCUGGACUGAACUGUACGUGAACAUGACUGACGGGACUUUCUAACACACUCCUCAUGCUGAAUGUUCACACCACAGACUGAUGGAAUCAGCACCUCUGGAAACAUCAUAGAGACUGACAGACAGGACAACAUAUUUCAUACGGUGGCAGAUUCCUCUGUGGCAGUGCCAGUGUCGUGCGCUGCCUUGUUUCCCAUGGACCUCAGGGUGGGAGAGCGGGGGAUGCGCCCUGGUUCGGACACGGCGCUCCUCACCUCGCUGCAUCCGCCUUUACUCCUCACCCCGUUCUCCCCUCAGCCCCGCACCUCCUUCUCCCAACAACAACUGCACCAGCACAUCCGGUUUAACAUGGAGCAGAGGAGGCGAGAGCAGGAGCACCACGAGAAACACCAAGAGUUGCAGCAGCUAAAACACAAAGACAAGAGUCAACAGAGUGCAGUUGCCAGUUCCCUGGUAAAACAGAAACUCCAGGAGGUGAUUCUUAAGAAGCAAAAACAGGCAGCGCUGGAAAGAACAAACUCCAACAGUCUGACUGCACCUCCUGUAGCAUACAGAAAGCUGGGCCCAGACCCCAGUUUAUCCUCCCAGCCUUUGGUCUCGUCUCCAUCACAGCCUUCUUCUGAGGGGUCAGAGGGGACACCGCUGCGCAGAGCAGCGUCUGAGCCCAAUCUGAAGGUGAAACACAAGCUGAAGAAACACCUGAACACCCGCAAGAGCCCGCUCACCCGCAAAGAGAGUGCCCCGCCUACUGUCAAACACAGAGUACCUGACGCACUGGACUCGUCCCCCAGCAGCAGUAGCACUCCAGUCUCUGGCUGCAGUUCUCCCAAUGACAGCCUGCCCAAUGAGAAUGGGCUACUGCCAUCUGCAGGCGGCCUCUCACAUGAGGCUCAGAGGCUUCUGCUCAGAGAUGGCACUCUCGCUAAUUUCACCAUCCAGAGUCCCUCCACUCUGCCCACCAUCACACUUGGACUACCAGCCAACGCCAGGGCUGAAGGAGACCUGUCCUCUCUGAAAGUCGGCCGGGUGCCAGUGGUUACAGCUGGGGGCACGCAGGUCUUCCUCCCCCUGAGCAGAGAGGAUCAGGCUGGUCAGCUGAACCCUCACAUGCCUGUCAUCAUCCUGGAGCCCUCUGGACUGGUACACACUCCGCUACUCAGUGUUCCAGGCCUAGAUGCUGUCCCGCUCCAGUUUGCCCCCCAGUUAGAACACCUGGCUCCUGGAGGCACCCAGCCCCACAAGCCUCUGAGCAGAACACGCUCAGAGCCCCUCCCGCAGAGCCCACGGACCCUUCACGCACAUCUCCUCCAACAACAGCACAAUACACAACUACUAGAGAGGCUCAAACAGCAAACCCACCUGGGCAAGCUGAUGUCCAAGUCCAGCGAGAAGCCCAGACUGCAUCAGAUCCCCUCUGAGGAUAUGGACUCCGAGGAUGGUGGCGGGACGUCCCCUACAGAGCCAACCUAUCAGAGCAGAGCAAGGGCGGAGUCGCUGAGGGAGGCGGAGCCAACAGCAUCCAAGAGCCAGGAAGACCAAAUGAACUUGCAACAUGCACUCAUACUCAACCAGUCGUUGCUAUGGGAACAACAGAAGCAGCUGCAGCAGCUGCAUCGACAGAUGGAGACCCUGGCAGUGCCCAUGUUACGUAGCAGCGGCGGGGUUGGUAGUGGGCUGGGUGUCCAUCGCCCCCUGUCACGUACACAGUCCUCCCCAGCCUCCACCUCCCUCACUCUACCUGAGAAACCCCUAGGCCUGGCCGCACAGGACGCCAGCAGCAAACCACGCUUCACCACUGGCCUGGUGUAUGAUUCUCAGAUGCUGAAGCACCAGUGUACAUGUGGAGACAACAGCAGUCACCCAGAGCAUGCUGGGAGGAUACAGAGCAUCUGGUCCCGACUACAGGAGAGAGGCCUGAGGGGACAGUGUGAGAGUAUUCGUGGCCGUAAAGCCACUCUGGAGGAGCUGCAGUCAGUCCAUACAGAGCGCCAUGUGUUGCUCUACGGCACCAACCCGCUCAACAGACUCAAGCUGGAUAACCGCAAACUGGCCGGAAUACUCUCUCAGAGGAUGUUUGUGAUGUUACCAUGUGGGGGUGUAGGGGUUGAUAAUGACACCACCUGGAAUGAGUCGCACACCUCUACGGCAUCACGCAUGGCAGCAGGCAGCGUUGUGGAGCUGGCCUUCAGAGUGGCCAAAGGAGAACUAAAGAAUGGCUUUGCUGUGGUCAGACCGCCAGGGCAUCACGCAGACCCCUCCAAUCCAAUGGGUUUCUGUUACUUCAAUUCUGUGGCCAUAGCCGCCAAACAGCUCCAACACAAGCUCAGUGUCAGCAAGAUCCUCAUUGUCGACUGGGAUGUUCACCAUGGCAACGGCACCCAGGAUGUGUUCUACAGCGACCCCAGUGUUCUCUACAUCUCGCUCCAUCGCUAUGACGACGGAAACUUCUUCCCUGGCAGUGGGUCGCCAGUUGAGGUUGGUUCUGGAGCGGGUGAGGGCUUCAAUGUGAACGUGGCGUGGACAGGAGGACUAGACCCACCCAUGGGAGAUGCUGAGUACCUCGCUGCAUUCAGCCUCCCCGACGAGCCAAUGGAGCAUGACAGUGACUCCAUGUAGAAGAAUCCGACCAAUCACCUCACAGAACUCACUUUAAGGAUUCGGGCCGCACCUGUAGCCUUGGAUCUCCCGCGCUGUCACAUGACCAUGAAGGGGACGUGUUUUUUAAUGCCACUGAGCCCCACUCGUCUGCCUUAUUCACACACAUUCACAUGCACCAACACACCAUGCUGAACCUCGACAGAGCUGCCGUAUUAGCACCUCAGUGCUGGUAACCACUCAGCAGCCAGCAGCACUACCUGCAACUGGGAAACCUUCUGAAACCUCACCAAAGAGCAAUACCAGACAAUUUUUAAUAGACUUUUCACAUCUCCUGACUGACUUUGGAUUUUGUGUGUGUGUUCAGAGGUCCAGUAGCACAGCUCUGUGACCACAAACCUUAGAAGAACAGACAGACUUCAGAUGCAGAGUCCAGUUCUGAUUCUUCUUGAAGCACUAUGUACCAGCAGGCUGUUUUGUUGCCUUAACUUUGCCUUAACGUAAGGACCAACAUCAGGUUUCAGAAGGGGGAGACUUUGGAUUAUAUAUUCCUUGCUCCUCUGCCACUUUGCUUCCCAUAUCACAGUCGAAGCAAAUGCAGACCAAACGGGAUGCAAAAUGGCUGACGCAGAUUGAACCUACAACAUCAGUUGAAAGCAUAUACGCAUAUACCUGAUGGAUAAGAUGCAAAAAUAUCAACAAGAGGUGGUCACAUUACAAAGAGAAAAAAAAAGACACAGAGAUUGUCUGUUUUAAUGAUGUCAUUAUAUGCAGUUUAACCACUAAAAGAAGACAACAAAGAACUUGAGGGAAAGAAAAUGAAGACACAAAAUGGACAACUGUGGUUUUGUAGAAACAAAGAAGGGGCAAAUGUCCUUGUUGUUUUAUUGCACUGUUCAUUCCAUAAUGUGAACCAUAAGAAAUUCCAAAACUCUGGGAAAUAAAAAACAACUCUGUAGUUUAUUUAAUAGUUUUUUGAAGAUUUGGAUGAAAUAGCGUUGGCUAUACUUUUCCCACUCUUCAUCUGAGAUGUCUUACGAAGUCUCUGACUCACUCUGUGGACACGUGUCAGCCGAAAUACUGUAUUGUAUUUCCUAUGAAGUUAAUCUGAAAAGUAGGCAAGAUUUUAAGAGCAGGAUUAUUUUUCACUGCUGUUCAGUGUCUUAGAUGCACACACAUACAUUUAUACACACCUACACAAACACAUGUACAAAGCAAUGAUGAACUAUUGAUGUACCACUAGUAUUGAAUACUGUAUAUUAUUGUUUAUAUUUGAGACUAAAGGGGCGUUCAUUCCACCGUGGCACCACUGAGGACCAUUGUAUUGUUCUAUAGUAGCAAUAAUGUUAAUGCACUUAAUGGACAUCACCCAAAGAAAACUGCCUUAAAAUAGCCUGCACUUGGCGACGGGACUGUAUGGAAGCAACACAAGGGACCAGUAUGGAUACUACUCGUACAGUGACUCUUCUUUGAUAAGACGACGUUUGAACCUGUGGAUUUAGGUGAACAUCGUAUAUGCAGACUUUUAUUUACCGUUUGUUUUGAUGAUGAGUACAGUGGCCUGGUCUGGUUUGAAUGCUUUCAUCAUCAUCAUCAUAAAAAAAAUAAAAAAAAUCAGUUUUGGAGUUCCAGGCUUUAUCACAGUCUUAUUAAGGAAACUAACACAUUGUGUUUUGUUUGGAAGUGAGUGUUUUUUCUCUGCAGCUCUUCUUGUCAAUGUCAGUCUGUCAUCUAAGCUGACGUUUGAAGUAGAGGUCAUGAUGCUGAUUCAUGUGAAGAAUUUCCUGACUGCCCUGAUAUACGGGCAUCUUAGGGCUCUGCAUUCCAAAAGUAAAAAAUAACAAGAUCAUGUUUCUUGGUUUGGAGCUUAUUGUGUAGCAAACUAAAGCUUGUUGAUGGUGCUUUUUUCAUGCACACUAGGUUUGCUCUGUUUAGGCUUUUGAUGACCAAUACUAAUGUUUUUAGAUUAGAGCUGCAGAUAGAUGAGUCUGAGUAAUUACAUUGGUGGCCAAAAUAAACCACAGUUCUGUUUAUUUCAGUCUUUUAUUGUUUUAGGGUGUUAAAGCUUCUAAAAAGCAUCUAGACACUAAAACUGUCCAAUUAAACUGAGACUAAUGACAUUCAGAUUUUGACCGUCGGCCGCCCCUUACAUGGCUUUGUCUGAGCGUUGUUGCUCUAGAGCUUUCCUUUGAGUUUUUACAUCCAUGAUUGGAUUUAAAGCAGCACAAUCUGAUUUUUUUCUUUUACUCUUGUUGGCAAAGAUUUGAUACAGUGAGACUUGAUUAGGUGUUUGUGUGUGAAUGCAGCUUAUGUAAAAUCUAGAUUGAAAGUAGAACAAGUUGAUUUGACUGGCUGAAGGAAGUUUUGUCAGUUCAGGUAGGAAAGUGUGUGUGUUCAGUUUGCUUUAGUCAGACCCUGGGCAUUGUCUGCCCAACCGAAGGCCUCAGUGCUUUUAUAUUAAACAAGAGGGCGGUGAAAACCAAAAGUCCCAGAAGUCCCACUGCUGUUGCACUACUGCUCCAUCCCAGUAGGAAUUAUUAAGGAAAUGUUGCAUGGAGGAUUGGUUUUCUGUAAUGGGUCACAUUCAUUUAGUGUUGUUCAUAGUAUUCUUAACGGCAAGUGACGGCAUUUAAACUAAAUGCUGUGUCUCCUUUUAUACAGCAUGCCCAGCAGGUGCAUGUGGUGUCUAUGAAGUAAAUGUUGUCUGAUGUGUGUGUGUGUGUGUGUGUGAGAGAGAGAGAGAGUGGUUGGUGAUUGCAUGUGCACUAGUACAUGUAGACCUCUGCCACGUGUUUUGUGCAUGCAAAUGUUGGUAUGUUUGUGUGUAUGUCCGUCAAAGACUGUAAAUGACCUCUCCUGUAUUAUAUUCCCAGUGGCUGUAUUUUGUCCUAUGUAGAGGCCAGUAUUGCCUCAACUCUUAUUUCCCUUUAUUACUGAUGUCAUUUGUACCUUCUUCUUAAAGAAAGACAUUGUAAAUAGAAACUCCAAGACCAAAAUACACACGACACACAUGUGCCUUGAUGCAUUCAGUAGUAUGUGUAUUGGUAACUCUUAACUAACUGGACUUACAGUAACUCUGUAUCUAUAAACAUGACAUUGAAAUCUUUGUUUCAUGCUAUUCUUUAGUAUUUACCUACAUGUGUUAUUUUUCCUUCACAUUUCCUACCAUGUGUAUGUAUAGAAAGAUUGUCUAUUUUGUACUGUUAUUUUUGUCUUUUCCUCUUGAUUAAAAAAAAAUCAUUUCCAGUAUAAGC